AUGCCCAAGGCAAACGAUAAAAAGCCGUGCAAAAAAGGCAAAGAAGGAGACGAAAAAUUCAAGAAACGGACAGAACAGAAGAAGUUGAGUAUGAGAAGAGCUAGGGAAAAAUUAAAAAGUGAUCCUAUAAAGCAUGAAGAAGUAAAGAAAAGGGACAGAGAAAGAUACAAAAAAAAGAAAGAAGCGGGUUUAAUACCUAGAAUUAAAGAUUUAAGUCGGCGCGAAGUGAAAGAUUUUAGAAAAAAAUGGAGAGAAAGAUCAAAGCAGCACAGAUUAGCCAAAAAAGCGAAAGAAAAGCUUACUAAGUUUAUUAAGGACAUUUCACCACUACCGACUCCUGAUCAUGAUGUUGAGUUGCAGCUAUUGCAUCAUAAUAAUAAUGUGCAGAUCCCCUCUACAAGCAGAAUUGCUUGCGGACGGAAAAUAAUUAAAAAAAAUCGUGAGAAGUGGAGAAGAGAGAGAGAAAAACUUACUGAAAAUUUAAAAAAAGUUACGAACCAAAGAAAUAGAUACAAGAGUAAAUGCAGCCGUCUGAGAAAAAAGCUUAAACAACAUCUAAUGACUACACCUGAGAAAAAUGUUGAGUCUAUUUUAAAAAACCAAUCUGUUACCCCUCAAGUGAAAAGAAAUCUAUUGUUUGGUGAGGUAAUAACACAACAAAUAAAAAAGAACUUUUUACAACAAAAUUCUUCAAAGGAAAGAAUGAAAAUGUUUUCAACCGUUUUAAAAGGCCCGUUGAUUAAUAAAUUUAAAUAUAGUCACCGGUUAAGUUUUCUAACUUCAAAAAGACUUGCAUUUACAAAAUAUUCCAAAAAGAAACAACAAAAUUUAAAGAUUAUAAGAGCAAAAGAUGCAGUAAGAAAAUUUUUAGAAGAAGAUGAUGCUAGCCGUUUAACAGCUGGCAAAAAAGAAACAGUUACAAGACACAAGACUAAGAAGCAAAUAAGGUACCUAAACAACUCGUUAAAAAAUCUUUAUUCCAAGUUUAUUAAAAAUAGCACCUAUAAAGGAAUGAGCUACUCUACAUUUUGCAAGCUGAGGCCGUUUUGGAUUCUUUCUCCUAAAGUGGCCGAACGAUACACCUGUCUUUGUAAAAUACAUACAAAUAUGUCACUGAUAGUGAAACGAUUAAAACUAGAAAAAAUUAUUAACGAAAAUAGUCUUGAAGAAAUUUUGAAAUCAAUGUGUUGCGAGGGGCAGCUAAAUGAAGACUGUUUGGAAAGAAAAUGUGAAUCAUGUAAAAAUAAAACAAUAGUUUGUAAUACUUUUAACGGUCAAGAAAAAAUGUCAUAUGAAAACUGGUUAACAAAAAAAACAAAAAUUAUAGUUAAAGGCCAAGAGAAGCUGUGUCUAAAGACUGUGAAAGAAAAUAAAUUUUGUUCAAAAUAUGAGGCUGUGCUAGAGCUUAACAAAAAUAUGCCACAUUUUAUGCAACAUUAUACCAACGUUAUGCACCAGUAUAAGGAAAUAAAUAUAUUAAAAAAAAAAUCUUAAAACGAAUGAAGCCAUCAUGCACAUGGAUUUCUCGGAAAACUAUACUUGUAAGUACAGCGAAGAAAUCCAAUCUGCCCACUUUGGCGGAUCUAAACCGCAGAUAUCAAUACAUACUGUGGUCAUGUAUCACAAAGGUGGUACGGUUUGUUUUGGAACGUUUUCGAAAAAUUUAAGACACGACCCAGCAGCGAUUUGUGCCCACUUAACACCAAUAUUAAAAACAACUAAAGAAUUAAUACCUCAUUUACGUACUAUUUAUUUUGUAAGUGAUGGACCCUCCAGCCAGUAUAGGAACAAAAAAAUGUUCCAACUUGCCAUUCUAUAUUUAGUGCCCCAAUUGAGUGCCCAGACUUUGUACUGGAAUUAUAGCGAGAGUGGUCACGGAAAGGGUGCGCCAGAUGGGGUGGGUGGUUGUCUUAAGAGAACGGCAGACUCUUUGGUUGCAAGGGGAAAAGAUCUGCCAACUUUUGAAGUGUUGAUUGAAGAGCUGAGGCUAAACUGUCCUGGAAUUAAAAUUAUUGCGAUUGAUGAUGGUGAAUUCUCUAAAAUAGAUAACAUUUUGAACAACGUAACUCUUAAACCUUUUAAAGGUACCAUGGCGAUACAUCAGCUUAGC